AUGGCAUCCUGUUGCGAUCCAAACAACGAGCGCAAAGCUUCGUCCGACUCGAAAACCGCGUCAAACCCUAGCCUAACUAGCUCAUCGCUGUUUUCGUUCGUCUCACCCGUUGCAUCUGCUCUCCUUCAUAGCACAUGCUGCUGGCUUCCGACCCUACUUGAUGCUUUUUCCAUCGGCUCAGCGUCCGCAUCCCAAUUUCAAUCCCUCCGACCUUUCUUCUUCUGGGUUACGCUUCUUAUCCUCGCCGAAGGCAUACGACGAAACGGCUUAGACCGCCGCACUUUCUACCGUAUUGCCAUAUCCGGGCUCUUCCUAGCGUUGCCGCGACUUUCAAAUCUCGCGAAACAAGUCGCAAAUCCAGAGGCAACUCACCAUAGCUGCCAUUAA